GGAAACGCUGUUGAUAGAGCGCGCGUGAGGAAACUUAACUGUGUGUGACUCGUUGACGUGACAGGUAGUGUGUGUGUGUGUGUGUGUGUCGGGACUCAGUCGAUCAUUUGUACAUCUGGAUUCAUCUGAGGAAGGAGUUGAACAUGGCCUCGAAGAAAACCGAGUCGAAGAAAAACGAGAAAACGGAUAAAUCUGAAAAAGCUUUAGCUGCAGAAAAGGAGCAAUUCGUCAAACUUCAGCUUCAAAGCAUCACCAAAUCCAUCACCAAUGUGGAGGCCCCUAUAAAAGAGAAAUAUGGACGCAAUAUCAUUUUAGGCACACAUAAGGAAGGCGGUGCUGUCACGUUCUGGUCUCACGCCAUGAGUCUGCCGCUGUCCAGUAACGCAAUCCUCAGCUGGAAGUUCUGCCACGUGGUGCACAAACUGCUUCGAGACGGCCAUCCUAACACUUUACGAGACAGCAGAGGUCACACCGCAAGCAUUAGACAGAUGGGAACAUUAUGGGGGAAUCUACAUGAUAGAUAUGGACAUAUUGUUGCUCUGUAUGCCAAGCUGCUGUGUAUUAAAAUCGAUUUCCAUUUAAAGCAUCUGGAGAUCCCACCAAACCUUGACGCUCCUGAGCAGGUUCUUGAUAAAGCCAUCGCCAUUGAUAUCAACAAAGUGUUUGACAUGACAGGCGAGGUUCUAGAGUACAUGGAAGCAGCUCUAAAGCUGCAAGAAACAGUUUUCCGGCAGAUGGAGUCGAGCUCCACCAGCUCUACCACUCCUGUGGGUCAGUGCCGUCUGGCACCGCUGGUUCUCGUCAUCCAGGACUGCGGUCCGCUCUACCAUUUCCUGGUCAAGCUCUUGUUCAAGCUACACAGCAGAAUACCGGUGGACGCUCUGUUAGGACACAGGGAACGUUUCCGCGAGCAGUUCAACAGUUUGACGCAAUUUUUCGAGAGAGCAAGAGGGAUGGAGUUUUUCAAAUCUAUCAUUCAGAUUCCUGAUCUUCCCGAUGAGCCUCCAAAUUUCCUGCGUGCGGCUUCACUCGCUGAUCACGUGAAGCCUGUGGUCGUUCAGAAUGAGACAUUCCCUGACUUCGAUGAUACGGACACGCAGCUGGAUUUCGGUGAAGGAAACUAUCAGAUGUAUUAUGGAUACAACCAGUUUGACCCUCCAAUUGACAUACAAGAGCAAAGAGAGACCGAGGCUGAUACUCUGAGGAAAGAACUAGAGGUGGUGAAACCAGAGCUGGAGCUCAUAAAAGUGGAGGCCCAGCGCGCUGUGGUCCAGCUCAAAUCUCAGGUCAAUAAACUGGAAUCCGAGCUUGAGGACCAGCGGACGCACAAGCAGAUGGCGCUGGUGGAGAACGAGCGUCUGCGUAUGGAGGUGGAGAACCUCAGAACCCAGACCGCAGUCGCUGCCAGCAUACAGGCCACGGUGGAGGACGCGGGCAGCAGAGCUCAGACUGCUCAGGUACAUUUCAGUCGACUCAAAGAGAAACACGCCGAGCUGGUCAGCAGACAUGCUGAUCUCAUGCGGAAGAAUGCAGAGAUGGUGAAGCAGCUCAGCAGCACUCAGCAGGCGCAGGAGGAGCUGCUCACAUACAAACAGCAGACGGCCGUAGAGCUGGAGCAUCUGAGACAGGACAACAGCUCAAAGCUGGAGGCACAGAGAGCAGAAAUUGAACGUUUGAAGCAAGAGCUAGCAAACGAGAGGGCUGAAAUGUUCCGAGUCCAUAAUAGUUUGCAGAGCAAGGAGAAGGCCGGAGACGAGUUGAGCAGUGUGUUGGUGGGUCUUCAGGCAGAAAAAGAAACACUACUUCGUACAGUGAGAGAUCAGGAAGCUGAGAUUGCUAGUCUGCGUCAGGCCGCCCAACUCCACCAGACCAUGCUACAGCAGGAGAGAGACCGACAUCAGAGAGAGAUGACAGCGCUGCAGAACCAGCUGCAGGAAAAAUUGUGUCGGGAGCAGGAGCUGCAGCUGGAGAUGGAGAAGAUGAGACGUGAGAUGGAGGAGAAGCGAGUGGAGCUGCUGCGUGCUCAAAGUGCUCUGAACAGUAAAGAAUCUACAGGAGACCAGCUGAGCAGUGUGUUAGUGGGUCUGCAGGCGCAGAAGGAGGUUCUUCUACGUUCAGUGAAAGAACAGGAGGCUGAGAUCACUAACCUGCGUCAGGCCGCCCAGCUCCACCAGGCCACGCUGCUGCAGGAGAGAGACAGGAGUCAGAGAGAGAUGACAGCGCUGCAGAGCCAAAUGCAGGCCAAGUUUAGUCUGGAUUCAGGACUGUUCCAGCAGAAGCUGCAGGAUGAGCAGUUCAGUCUGUUGCAGUGCGCUGUGGUGGAGGCCGAGGGCAUCGUGCUGGACGCUGUGGCCAAAGUGGACGACCCACUACACGUGCGCUGCAUCAGCACCCCAGAGUAUUUGAUCAAUCGUGCUGAGUUGACGCUGGCGUCCCUUGAUAAGAUGCAGCAGAGUCAUGCAGUCUAUUUGAGGAACAUGGAUGACGCCAGUGGUUUGUUGAGGUCGGUGACCCAGUUCUCUCAUCUCAUUGCUGACACUAUUGUGAAUGGAGCAGGAAAUGCACACUCAGCGCCUACGGACCAAGCAGACCGUUUGACUGAUAACUGCCGGGAUUGUGCCACUCACUGCCUCCAGUAUCUGAAAGAGCUGAAGCUGAAGGCCACGCUCCCGGGAGCUGACCCUACUGCUGUCCGCUAUGUGGUUCAGCGUAUCCUCAACCAAGGACAGGAACUGCGGCCCAGGGGAGCAGAUGUGCGGAAGGAAGAGCUGGCAGAGAUGGUGGAUAAGGAAAUGGCUGCGACUUCCACUGCCAUUGAAGAUGCUGUGCUGAGAAUGGAUGAAAUAUUGAGCCAGGCAAGAAGAGAGUCAUCUGGAGUGAAGCUGGAAGUUAACCAAAACAUCAUUGGCUCGUGUUCAGAUCUAAUGAAGGCUAUACACAUGCUGGUGACGGCUGCUACUGACCUGCAGAGAGACAUUGUGGACAGUGGCCGGGGUGCUGGUUCUGUCAAAGACUUCUAUGCUAAAAAUUCACGUUGGACGGAGGGACUCAUUUCAGCGUCAAAGGCUGUAGGAUGGGGAGCAACGCAGAUGCUUGAAUCAGCUGAUAAAGUCGUGACUGACAAAGGCAAAUAUGAAGAGCUGAUUGUCUGCUCUCAUGAGAUCGCCGCCAGUACGGCACAACUUGUCGCUGCUUCAAAGGUAAAGGCAGAUCGCGGCAACAAGAGGCUCCAAACAUUACAGCAAGCAUCCCGUCACGUGAAUGACAUGGCCGCUGUCGUGGUGUCGUCUACUAAAUCAGGACAAAUGCAGAUUGAGAACAAGGACUCCAUGGAUUUUUCCGGCUUGUCUCUUAUAAAACUCAAAACAGAGGAAAUGGAUUCUCAGGUGAAAGUAUUAGAGUUGGAGAAGCAGUUGGUGAACGAGCGUAUACGAUUGGGAGAACUCAGGAAAAAGCACUAUGAGAUGGGAGGGAUCCCGAUGGACUCGCCUCCAGGGAAUACAGUCAAUAGUUUUGACAGUUCACUUCCUACUGUUUUUCCUGACCCGCCCAAUUUGGAUCUGCCCAAUCUGGACACGUUCACACUGGACCCACCCAGAUUUGAACCACUUCGACUGGAACCGCCCAGACCGGAGCCCCCCGCGCUCGAACCUGCCAAAACCAGCUCUAAACGAUCCUCAAUCUUCCAGAAAUCAGGCAGUCGCCUCAAGAAUCCAUUUAGGUGAAAGGAGUCUGAGCCCUGGAUGUAUGAAGAAGAAACCAUCAUAAUGUAUAUUAUUUUCUUUGUUUUAUCAUGAGUCUCUACUGUAUAUCUUCCUUCAUGCAAUACAGUAUGGUGUGAAUUAAAUAUUUAAAAUUAUGCUUUUAAUUUAUACUAUCAUUUAUUGAAUUGCUACAGUGAAAUAUUUUAUCAUGCAAUUAUUUGUAAUUUUAAUAAGUACCAGGUUGAAGACUUUACCUUUACCUUUUUUAAUCAGCACCAUCAAUUGAUGGCUGGUAGUUAAUUUGGGAUCUUUUAACAACUUUUAUGAUUUUAAAGUAAAUGAACUUGAAGUUUUAAAUGUAAACUGAAGUAAAUAAAAAAAAAAUUAUGUUGGGUAA